UCAGUUGACUAUUCAGACUACCUUUUGCGCUCUGUUGCUGCACUUCACAAGUUUCUGACCAGAGAACAGACGACAAAAUGGCAAUAAAAAAGCUCUUGUUCAUUUUUGCAUUAAUUCAAAUCGGAAAAGUAUCGAACGCUUCGGUUCGACAGAUUGGACGUUGGAUUGAGUCACCCAGAUUAACAAACUGGGGAGAUUGGAAGGCAGAACAAAUGUGCCCACCGAACUCGUGGGUAUCGGCAAUGAAUCUAAAAAUCGAGCCGAACCAAGGUGAAGGUGACGACUCUGCACUAAAUGGCAUCAGACUCACAUGUACCAGCAUGGAUGGACGCGACACGGCCGACAUUACAAGUGGUGAAGGACCAUGGGGAUUUUAUCGUGGUAAAAAGUUUUGCAGCAGCGGUUUCGCCACUGGAUUUCAACUACGUUCUGAACCUGAUCUCGGAAGUGGAGAUGAUGGAGCGGCUUCUGAUCUGAUGCUGGUGUGCGCUAACGUUGACGGUACUACUUCGAAAGUUGUUGGUGGCGGAGUUCUUACAUUCGGACACUAUACAGCACAGCAAAUGUGCCCGCGAGACACAGCUAUGUGUGGAAUUCGAACUCAAAUUGAACGCGAACAGGGCAAAGGAGAUGAUUCAGCUUUGAACAAUGUAGAUUUCGCUUGUUGUCCGUACGCUUUGGACCUGUCAGUGUAUGUCAGAAGACCUGCAAUGUAAUGAGUUUUAUCCUUUACAACAUGUAAAUCUAAAGAUUGAAAAUAAAUGAAU